AUUUUAAGAGAUGGCUGUCAAAGUAUUUUUAUUCUAUGCGCUAUUUUCUAUUGUCUAUCCAAAUUUCAUGCCCCUAGUCGUCUCUAUACUUAUCGCUUAAAAUUUUUAACUACAUAAAUGUGAGAAUUUGAAAAGUGUUUAUAGCAGAAAAUGUUCAGGUAACCUUGUAACCUUACGUAAGGAAUAUUCAAAAUGGGAAAUAAAGUAUCGGCAGAAGCGGUGAACAUAUCAUCCCCCGUUCAAAAUGGAAAUCCACCACCUGAAUGCCCUAUGCAUAAUAAGGCGGAAAAACCCAAAACCACAGAUGCACGGCCAUCGGAAUGUCCUGUUCAACACGAUAACAGCAUUAAUCCAUAUAACAUGAUGCCACCAGCGAACCAACAGCCAGCUCCCGAUCAACCAUUUCAACUUCCAACUCAAAGACAAGUAUCUACUAUUCCUCGCGCCAUGCCUGAUGGUUCCACAGAAUUUUGGGUAUAUCCCAGUCAACAGAUGUUUUGGAAUGCAAUGCUACGAAAAGGUUGGCGCUGGAAAGAUGAAGACAUAAAACCAAAAGAUAUGGAUGAUAUAAUUAAAAUACACAAUGCCAACAAUGAGCAAGCUUGGCAAGAAGUUUUAAAAUGGGAAGCAUUACAUGCAAAAGAAUGUGGGCAUCCACGACUUAAGAGUUUUGGUGGUAAAGCCACUCAGUAUAGCCCUAGAGCUCAAAUGAGAUCACUGUUAGGCUAUGAAUUGCCUUUUGAUCGUCAUGAUUGGAUUGUAGACAGAUGUGGGAAAGAUGUUCGAUACAUUAUUGAUUAUUAUGAUGGUGGAGAAGUAGAUAAUAAGUAUCAGUUUGCCCUGUUAGAUGUGAGGCCAGCAAUGGAUUCUUUUGAGAAUGUGUGGGAUAGGAUGAAGGUUAUGUAUAUGAGAUACCGCUUUGAGUUACUGGGAGAUAAAGAAAAUCCUAAAUUAACUAAUUGAAUCUGAUAAGUGUUACUAGUUAGAAUAGGCAUUUUGAGAACCUUAAAUUAUUGUAAUGCAUAUGUUUGGGACUUAAUUCAAAUCCGUCUAAUUAACAAUUAUUAGCUUAAAGUAUUAUGUUCAUCCCAGCACAUUAAUAAUAAUCAUUGUUAACUGGUAAAAGUUAUAAAAUGUGGAGUUGUUCAUUCGACAUAAAAUUGUCACUGCAGUGACUCUUUGUGAUUUUUGAUUGUAAUUUAUUGCUUCUCUGACUUCACCUACCUUUAAAAAAAUUUUGACAAAAAAUUAGAUUACCAGUAUCAAAUAGUUGACAUGUAUGUAUUGAUCAGUAAGAUUAUAUUAAGUAAAGAUUUGUUUAAAAUUUAAAUGCCACAAUUAUUGCUAAAAUUAGCCAACUACAACAUUGUUAUGGCCUUCAUAGUGUUGUUAAUUCAUAAACUGGAAGUUUGGUAGAGAUUUUGUAGAUUCAUCUUGAGUUACCCUAAAUUUUGGAAAGUGUUAAAUGUUUUCCAUAAAUAAAAUUUUUGAAAGUUU